UUCCCGCAGGACGCAACGAUUUUGGUUUAAGUGUUCGUGAAAGUUUAUUGUGCCGAUUGAUUUAAAAGUACAGGGAGAGCAAUAUUUCUUCCAUUUCUUCUAUAAAAAUUAAAAAAAAUAUGGAGGAUGCCAACAAAAUUUUAGAUUAAUCAACAUGUAUGAAUACGUACAGUUUCAAUUUUGAACAAUGAAUUAUAUGGAUGUUCAUGCCGUGGAGUCACAACUGAUGGAUAUAACAGCGACACCGGUGCAACUAGCUGUAAGGCAUUCUGCGGGGUUUCCAAACAUUAGUUUUGCAAAACAACAGCAGUUACAAAAUGUAUGUCAGUUAUCUGCAUCAACAUCAAGAGUUCCAAAUAUUGCCACGAAUAAGUCAGCCUACGACAGUAACACCAGCGUCUCGAAAUAUUCUCAGCUGUUAAUGAUAUUGGAAGAGAUGGCACGUGAUAUUCGUCCUACGUAUUCUGGUAGUCGUAGUUCUACAGAGCGUCUAAAACGCGGCAUUGUCAAUGCAAGGCUUUUAGUUCGUGAAUGUUUAUUAGAGGCUGAAAAGUCGGCCAGGCAGUAAUAAUAUCCUUUUUCCUAGAUCGCCGAUAAAAUUUAACGGAAGUAUGCAUUAGUAUACUACAAAAAUGUGAUAUUCAGAUGAAUAAAUGAUGU